AUGGCAUGGGUGUCCAGGUCCAUACGUGAAACAUCAAUAAUCACCAACCCGACCACUACAGGAGAAAAUCUUGGGCCUGGCUCCUAUCUAACACAUGGUCCGAUCGGAAGGACGCCCCGAUAUGCCUCUGCACCGUUCUUAUCAACAGAAAAGAGAAAGACAAUCACUUCAGUAGAGAAAUUUCAAACACCAGGUCCUGGAUCAUAUUAUCACCAACCAUUGGAAUCACCCUCCGAAUCGAACAAAAAAGAUACAUCCAGUGUAUUCAGGUCAACAACAUCCAGGUUUAAUCAGUCAUCGCUCAUUCAAAGCCAAGAGUUGCCAGGACCAGGAUCUUACUUUAAUCAAGAUCAAGAACAAUAUUUAAAACGCAAAACAUUUUCACCCAAGAAUAAGAGAACGAGCUCUCCUCCUCGUAAUCUUUCAACGGCACCUUCGAUUCCAGCCAACUCUCAAUCCCAUGGCUAUGAAGAAGGCCCUAAUGGUGAAUUAAUAAGGCAAUCUCCGCCAGUUCGAAGGCAUAUGGGAACACAACAAGAUUCCAUUGGCCCAGGUGCAUACUUUGUGGACGAAAACUCAAAUUCUAAAGUUCUUAAAAAUCAUGGAAUAUUCAGUAGCAAUACAAAAAGACAAUUAUUUAAAGUUCAAGAUACACCAGGUCCUGGAACGUAUUCGGCUGAUAUAACCACCUCUUCCCACUCUGAUCUUCGAAAUUACGUCUCAGUAUUCCACUCCAAAACAAAACGAUCUUCUUUGAUUCCUCCUGACAAGUUAAAGUUUGAGAAUAUAGGUCCUGGAUCAUAUGAGCCAAAAGAACCCAAAUAUAUGAAGGAGAAGAAAAAACAGUUUCCUUUUGGAAGUACUACCCCAAGAUCUUUGGAAUCAACCCCCACAACAUCUAACAAUCCAGGUCCAGGUGAAUACUUUAAAAAGGACGUACACCAUGAUCUACCAAUCAAUACAGAUAUUUCAAAAGUUCAUGGAGCUUUUAAUUCAAAAUCUGAGAGAUUUACACACAAACCAGAAAAUACUGAGCUUGGUCCAGGCUCAUACAUCAGUCACGACUCGAACAGCCUUAUCACUGAGCUAUCAAAGAAAACUAAAGGCAGCUAUGGAGUGUUUGGAAGUACUGCAGCUCGGUUCACCUAUCGAGAACUCAAGCCAACAGCUCCUCCACCUGGAUCUUACAAUCCUACUGAUACUUCCCAAUAUGAUAUUAGAAAACCAGAUCAGAGAUCCUUUGUUUUUCAAUCUAGAACCAAACGCACGACGCAGACAGAAAAGAAACGAGACAAAGAGGUAUUUCCUGCAGUAGGGCAGUACAAUAUUACAGAAAAUUGGUCGAAAAAAAGUUUCAAUGUUUCUGAUCCUAAAAUGCAUGGCUUUAUUUCCUCUAGUAAGAGAUUUAGCGACACGAAAAUACUUGAUCGAGCUACAUUACUAGGUCCAAAUUAUUUACCUCCAGGAAUGUCCAGUAAAAAACCGAGAGGUAUUAACAUUGCCAAGUCUUUAGGGCACUCCACACUGGUAGAACAAGGUCAUAACCAUCAUUUGGGUCCAGGUUCAUAUGAUUUAACACAAACAUGGUUAAAACCAUCUUACAAUGUGACAAUAAACUUGUCGUAA